AUGCCAUCGGUUAUUGUCGACGCUGCUCCAUUUCUCAUUACCCAUCUUCGUAGGCACAAUCUUGCUGGAUCCGUUUCCACAGACAAGGCCAUGUUUGCAAUGCACGCCAAUGCGUCAGAGACCCCAGCGGCUCCGCCACCACCCGGCACAGAGCCUAAUUACAUUGACCCUCCCUCCCGCCAGACGACGGUAGUCAUUGUGGAGGCAAUAUUCAUGCCUCUCAUGUUACUGGCCGUGAUCAUACGGGUCUACGUGCGGACUCGGAUUAUAAACCUCUGGGGAUGGGAGGAUACAACGUGCAUUCUCGCGGCUUGCGGCGCGCUUGCUCAUAUGGGCGUAAUCAUGAAAAUGCUGGCAAUCGGCAUGGGCCGACACCUCUGGGACAUCCCAAGGAGGAUAUUUGCGGAUCCGGCCCACACCCGCCUCAUAUCAGUAAACAUCACAUACCCCUGGACAGUAUGCUUCACCAAACUCUCGAUCCUACUACUCUACAAGCGUCUGUUCACAGUCAGCCGCGUCCGCGUCGCCAUCUGGACCGGCAUCGCCAUGACCGUCGUGCUCUACACGACCUUCAUCGCCAUCGCGUGCGCCAGCCUCGUCGUCUGCACGGGUACGCGCACCUCCCAUCCGGGCGUCAGCACCUUCUGCCGCGCAGUCCACCACCAGCUCGCCCUUUGGCACUCGGCCGUCAACGUGCUCACAGACUUCUACGUCCUCAUCCUGCCCAUCGCGCCGCUGGUCAAGCUGCAGAUGUCCCACGGGCGCAAAGCGGCGUUUUCUUUCGUCUUCGCGUCUGGCCUGGUGGCCUGCGCUGCGAGCAUCGCCCGCCUUGUCUGCAUUCAGCAAAAUGUGCAUAGCAAGGACACAUUGUGGGAUUUGGCGGAGGUGGCGCUUUACUCACUCGCCGAAAUCAACAUCGGGAUUAUAAUUGCCUGUGUCUGUACAUUCCCAAAGUUCAUUGAGCAAUUUCGGGGACUGAAGAUGGCGGGCAAGAAGGUCGGCCAGGUUGUUCAGCGUUUCAGCCGGGGGCCUUGGGAGUCGAUGAAGUCGGUUCUACCGAGGCGCACAGAUCGAACCAAGGCAGGGAAAUCAGCUCCUGGUCAGCUGGGAGAGGUAGAGGCGGUGUUGUAUGUCUACUCUUAG